AUGGUGGUGUUGGGGAGGUUUAACGAUGCUGGAAUCAGGCCUGAUUUUUGGCUUGGCCAGGAUCUCCUGGCCAACGGUGGUAGAGGUGGAGGUGGAGACGGAGACAGGGAGAUGAUGGAGAGAAAUUUGACAUGUGGGGGUUAUUUUGAAUCAAAAGUAAAAGGUUCAAGGCGGUAUGAGCUUGAUAAAAAUUUUACGAACACUGUUAAACAUUAUGCAGCGCUAAGUCUUACUUCAAAUCAUGAUAACUUGGUCCAACCAGUGAAGAAAGUGCGCAUGCAUCUUCCAUCUGCAAGUCGCAUACUGCUCCCAGACGGCAGGAACUUGGCUUAUCAUGAGCUAGGUGUUUCAGCAAACAGAGCUAGAUUCUCUGUGAUUGCUCCACAUUCUUUUCUUUCCUCCAGACUUGCAGGUAUACCUGGUGUCAAAACGUCACUGCUUGAAGAGUUUGGUGUUCGCUUGGUGACAUAUGAUCUUCCUGGCUUUGGAGAGAGUGAUCCUUGUCCUAGCCGGAAUCUUAACUCAUCAGCAUCAGAUCUACAGGACCUAGCGGAUUCUGUUGGUAUCAGUGGCAAGUUUUGGGUGCUGGGUUACUCUAGUGGAAGCAUGCAUGCUUGGGCUGCACUGAAAUAUAUUCCUAACAGAAUUGCAGGUGCUGCAUUUUUUGCCCCUAUGAUUAAUCCAUAUGAAUCAGGCAUGACUAAAGAAGAAAUGAGAAGAAGUUGGGAAGAGUGGUUACCUAGGAGAAAAUUAAUGUUUUUUUUAGCUCGUAGAUUUCCAAAAUUGCUUUCACAUUUCUAUCGUCAAACCUUCCUAUCUGGAAAGCAUGGACGAAUUGACAAGUGGAUGUCAUUGUCGCUUAGCAAGAAGGAUGAAGUUCUGAUUGAAGGGCCAAUCUUUGAAGAGUUUUGGCAUAGAGAUGUAGAGGAGUCUGUUCGCCAGGGAAAUACAAAACCAUUCAUUGAGGAAGCUGUGCUACAAUUGUCCAACUGGGGUUUCAGCCUGGCAGAUCUUCAGGUGCGGAAGGAGUGCCUGAGAAGAGGGAUUCUUCCUUGGCUCAGGUCGAUGUACAGUCAAGAACAAUGUGAAUUGGCAGGAUUUUUAGGUCCAAUACACAUAUGGCAGGGAAUGGAUGAUCAAGUUGUUCCACCUUCAAUGACUGACUACAUAAACCGAGUUUUACCUGCAGCAGUUAUACAUAAACUCCCAUACGAAGGCCACUUUUCUUAUUUCUUUUUCUGUGAUGAAUGCCACUGGCAAAUUUUUUCCACUCUUUUUGGGAGCCCUCAAGGCCCUCUAGAACAGAAAAUGGAAAUGGUUGAAGCUCCAUUUGAAGGAGACACCAAAGAGGCAUACGGCAUUACGGAUUGAAGAAUAAUAAUCUCACUACAAUCUUACCAAGGUUUUUUCCUUUUAUUUUGACCCUUCCAAUUUUAUGUAAAUACUACAGGGUGCUCUUCCGCUUAGAGAGCAUGAAAGAUGAAAUUGUAAUUUUCUAUAUUACAAUUUUUGGAUGACAAAAACAUUUAACGAGAGAUGUUCUCAAGUAAGAAGGAAUUUUUACCAAUUUUUCUUUUGGUUCUAUGUUGA